AUGCCGUUCGGUCGGAUGGCACCCAGAAGUUUCGGGAGGGCGUCUCUCAUCGCUUGCCUCUGCGUCGCCGAUCUCGGCCGCGCCGCGCGAGUUACGCAGGUGUCGAGCUCGGAGGACGCAGCUGCUGCUGCGGGACAAACCGCGAACUCCAACGAGUCCGCUCGCUGCUGCUGCACGGGGCUGGGCAAGUGCAAGCUCUUGUCGCCAGCCGAGCUCUCGGACAACUGGCUGUGGGGAGGCAGGUGUCCCCGCAGCAAAGGAUACAAGGGCUACGACGCCUUCUAUCCGGCUGGCACCUACCCGCGCAGCUGCAUGGAGCACGCCAGCUAUUCCGAUCUUGGGGCGCCUCCGCGCUUUCUGCAGGCUGUGGGCGGUCCAGGCUUUGCCGUGGGGUCCAGCCUGGACUGGGAGGAGGUACUCCAAAAGCUGCUGGGGGAGUCAUCAACCACAGACGAAAUGCGCUUGGUCGUGAGUGACUCGCACGGUGACAGGAUGGAUGUUCGUGUGCUCGGAACCGAUCCAUGGUCGGCGGAGCGGCCAAGCAUUAGCAGCUUGGACAGCUUCCCGUGGUUGAUGCAGUACACAUCGAACGUCGGCUUGCCCAUGGGGCAGCGAGUGCAAGUUGUGGGUCUCGUGCAGUCUGCUUUAUCGGACCCGCUAGCGUAUUUGAUACCAGAGGAGGGUACUAUCGCUCACAGGAACGAGAACGGAACGUACCGAGUGCUCUUGUCAAAAGGCAAAAUUCGGGACGGCGUUUCAAUCGAUGAAUUGGAAUUGGUGGGGGCGAGCAUUCCACAAGCUGUCGAGGCACACUUGGAGCAGUUGGCAUUGGUUGUGGAGAACGACGACAAACACAACGGGUACGCUUACAUUCGAUGCAAGUCGGGCGAAGGGGAAAGCAGCAAGAUGACGUAUAUGUCGGACAAGUGCGAUGGUGCCGCGUGGUGUUUCGUGAGGAAUCAUUGCGGCGGCAUUCGCAAUGGCCCCUGCACGAAAAUAGAGGCGCCCUUCCGCUGCCAGGGGAACGCAGACAUGUGGCGUAACAAGAUGAUGGAGGGUGUUGUGCAGUGCAAGAUGCCUUCGCCAUUCAACACCAGCACUUACAAGGACCCGUGGUUGCAGGCGGGGGUGUUCCGCGAGCUCUACAACAGCGUUGACUCUCUGCUGAGCGGCUACCGGGAAGGCCAGGCGUUGCCGCUCCACCCAGAGGGCACAGAGGCAGAGAUAGGGUUCAUGGGCGGCGUUUUCGAGGGGGACGGUGUGUUCGCGGACCAGCACUGGACGCCCAAGCAUCAGGCCGCCGGCAUCUUGAACGACGGUGUCUCGAGCUCGACCUCGCGGUGUUUCGAGUUCGACUACUCCGCGGGACCGGAAGCGCCAGACCCUGCAGGCUGUCGCUUCUUCAAGGAGACGUUCUCGCCCUUGCAGGGCCUGUCGAGGUGCAUCCAGGAGAAGGUCCAGGCCGACCCCUACCCCGUACUCUGGGAGAAACUUGCGUACUGGAACGACCAGCACAAGAAUAUGACCGACGUGGCUCGAGCGAUGAUGACGGAGGCCGAGGAGAUAUUUGGCCAGGACUUCCCAAAGACAGCGAUCAACAUGACGUCUCUAGAACAUGAGGUUCGGAAUUGGCGCAAGUGCAACUUCCGGUGCAAACACAUGGACGUAUUCUCCCGCGCUAUGGAGAUGAUCAAGAGGGUCGCGUUCAAGAAUUGGGUUGGCCUCAGCAUUGACACAGUGAAGGCGACCCUAAGGCGGAAGGUGGUUGAGACUCGGAGCGCUCCAUUCGAAGCGGCUCUGCCGAGGCUCACGGACGCUACUGUUGAGGCACUCAUUGGGGAGUGUUUCAAGAUGCCUUCGGACCCUGUCGCAACAGUGCCUUCCAACACGGGUCUCGGACAGGUUCCCCUCGAGGCGAUGUUGCUCAAAGAGGCGAUGCCGUGCGUACCGCUGAUGUGGGACCGGGUUGAGGUACCUGGGCCUCCUUUCCUGCCGCUUUGGUUCUCUGGUGGCCGUCCCGACGUGCACACGUCUUUCCCCAAGGCCUGUUGGAACCCACCAUCUGCGGUCGAAUUGCGUUGA